AUGAAACCAGCAAAAGUUCCGAAAUUUGGCAGUUUCACUGACUCGCCGAUAUCAGAAGACCAGAAAAGCUCUGCAAAGCCAGUUACAAAACCUAGAGUCCUUGAAAGCCCAAUUGGCAGUGACAGAGAGCCAACUGGAAGACUGGCAGCAAGAGUAACAACCACAAAUGAUGCUGAUGGCUUGGCCAGCAGAAUUGAGGUCCUGGUAGCGAGUAUCAAGAGACGUUCCCAUCGGCUCUACAAAGAUACCGAUGGGAACAAAGGUCGUGCCAGAAUCCGCCGCAAGAUCAGGGAGGAGAAGGGCAUCCUGACAUCUGUUGUGGAGAAAUACAACAGAAUGGUUCCAAGCACAGAAAGUCUUUGCAUGGAAACCAUUCUGUCUGACUCUGUCGAUCUAAGGACAAAAAGAAGAGCGUUUGACAUCAUCAUGUCAGUAAGAAGACUUGAGGAGGAGCUGAAGAUUCUUGUGGCAGAGAUGGACCACCACUGGAAAUCUCUUUCAACUCGUGCUGAUACCCUCAGAGAGCUGUCCCACAUGUUUGCCAGUGAGACAAUGAGAAAUUCACCAUGUGGCUUAAGUGAAGAGGGUUUGAAAGGUCUGCAAAGCAUCAUCCUGAGAAAGCAACAUAAAGUCAGAGAAAUGAAGGUGCAAGCAAGAGACUGUUACCUGCAAGUUUUGUCUGGAGAAGGCAACAUCAACUUUUUGUACAGUGCUUCAGCUGAUGAGUAUGACAGUGACUGUGAAAUGUCUGAUGACGGACUGUAAUCCACAAGACUGUGACACCUUUCAUCGUUCUGGACAAUGACCUUAACUCUGUAUAUAAAGAAUGUAAUAAAAUCUGCUUUUCAUCACCUUUAUAAAUGGAACCAAAAGUGUUGCCUCUUCUUUCACAUACAUAGAAAUGUGUGCAUGCAUGCCUCUAGAACCAGUAUGUGGUGGAAAUUAAGUGCAUUAAUUGAAGUAUUGUAUGGUACUUAGAGAUUUGAGGUAAGAGUUUCUUCUCAUUCAAACUUUACUUAUACUCCACUGCAAUUCAGAGAGAGAAAAAAUGCACUUGACAGCACAUGGAGAGCUUUUAAAUGACAUUUUGUUGCAAAAGAAACUUCUCAACAGUACAAUUAGUUGAUUGGCAGAAAAUGAAUUGCCAAAUAAUUUUCACGCAAAAACAUUUAAUGGUUCCAGCAUGUAUUUUUUUAAUUUGAGGUUUGAACUGUUCACAGCUUUUAUCAAUGCAUCUUUUUGGGGUUUUGUGUAAUUGUGUCUGUUUUUCUCAUUUUCAUACUUGCUCACAAACAAAACUCUUCAUUUGUUGAGAAAUAAAUA